UAGAAAAGAUUCGAUGCCCGUACUCGUGCUCGUGUGGAGCACGGGUCCCUCCUCCCCACCCCACGCUAAUCCGGCACGCUACGGGAGGAGGGAGGAGACCACGCGCCUCCGCCUCCUCUCCUCCUCCUCCAGCAUCGUCCUACCAUGGAUCCGCGCCCCCACAAGCCGCAAGACGACCGCUACUUCCACCAACACGACGGCGCGUGCCAUGCCGACCCCAGUCAAAGGGCUGAAUGUAAAGCCCAGGGUUUGGUUACCGUUCGCAAGGUUCAAAAGGCUGACCGUGAGAGAAUGCGAAGAGACAAAUUGAAUGAGCAGUUCCAGGAAUUGGGAACCACACUUGACCCAGAUCGGCCCAGGAACGAUAAGGCUACUAUUCUUGGUGAUACAAUCCAGAUGCUGAAAGAUUUAUCUUCUCAAGUAAACAAGCUUAAAGCUGAAUACUCGUCGCUCUCUGAAGAAGAACGUGAGUUGACUCAAGAAAAGAAUGAGCUUCGCGAUGAGAAAGCUUCACUGAAGUCUGAUAUUGAUAAUUUGAACACUCAGUAUCAGCAACGUAUUAGAAUGUUAUACCCAUGGACUGGAAUGGAGCCUUCUGUGGUCAUUGGACCACCUCCAUCAUAUCCCUUUCCAGUCCCAGUUCCUAUACCCACUGGCGCGGUGCCUAUGCAUCCACAGCUUCAGGCAUACCCCUUCUUCCGAAACCAAACUUUAGGAACUGUCCCCAAUCCAUGUACUCCAUACAUGGCAUACACUCAACCCUGUCAUCCUGAUCAACCAUCUAACCAGUUUAGCACUCCAGUUCCCCGUUCAAGUAGUAACCAAUCUCACUCUCCUGCACAAGACCAUAGAAGCAAGUCAUGUACGCUGCAGCAAACAAGCUGUGGAAGGAGAAGUGAUGAUUUUGGUGAUGUUGCAACUGACUUGGAAUUAAAAACUCCUGGUUCCUCAGCGCCUUCACAUUCAGAGAUAGCUAAGAAGGAUUCCUCUUCAGACUUGAAAAAGAAGAAGCAAUGCAUAAAUCAAAUUAAUGGCAGCAUUCUUACAGAAGGCAGCAGUUCAAGCAGAUGCUCUUCCAGUGGCCCUCCAGAUGUCUCUAAUAGUGUUGGGGAUGGUUCAGUUCCAGAUGACCAAUGAUUGACAGUAUUCACAUAGGCAAGUUUAGAUGAAGUGUAUGUUAUCUUUUUACUCCGCUUGAUGUGUGAUGUAAUCUGUUUGCAUUGCAAUUUUAUCUACAUGAAACAAAAAGAGAGGCCUAGAGACAUAGAACUGUUCAGAGAAAAGCCAAAUCAUAAUGGUUGCAGAUGGACCAAAGCAUUCCAUGGCUGUUUGGAAUACUCCAAGAUCAGAUGCCAAUGUCCUGCAAUUUGUGAAAUAGAUACCUGUGACCAUAUUGGUUAACAUCAGUCUCGUACAAUUGUAUAGUUCUUAGUGGAAUAACAUUUACGUGAAUAUCUAUGACAAAUAGCCCAUGAUUAACCAUAUUACUUUUCAUGGUUAAAUA